CUUUCAGAUCACUACCAGCUCGGUGCUGCACAUCAAAGUGCUUGACCACUCCAGUUUUCGCAAGGACACUUUGCUAGGCGAGCGCACCAUCCACUUGGCGCACGUACUGCAACAAUUCAAUGGCAGAUGCGAGUUUCUUGAACUUACAAUGGAUCUGAUAGCCACUUCCAAAUCAGAUAAUCGGCAAACAAAAAUCGGUGAACUUGUCGCAGUGCUCAACGGACUCAAGCUGGACAUGCCCGGCGCGGUGCAACAAAAUGGUAAUGGCGUGUCAAUGCUGCCGCCUCCCAACGAAGGCGCUGUGUUGCCGCUUGCUGCCGGUCGCAGUUACAUGAUACAAGGUGGCAUACGUGCGCGCAUGCGCGUGCGCAGUAUCGAAAACGGCAUGCUAGCCGCAUCAGCAGCUUCGGCAGGGAGUGGAGGUAGCGUGUCACACAUGGCAGUUGCCGCCGGCGGUGGGUCACGUUCGCCCAUAGCCAAUGGCAAUUUGGAACGCUGCAGCAGUGGUAGUUCACAAAAUGGUGCGGUGCGACGUGCUGCCCCGCCACCACCCGUUUGGGAACAACAACAGCCAAUGCCACAAACACAGACGCAACAUGUGGCGCUACAGCAACAGCAACAAUUGCAAGCACAACAACAACACCAAUCACAAAUGCAGGUGCAGCGCAUACCGUCGAUGAAUGGCGGCGCAGUGGCGGUGAAUGCUGCCGGCGUGCAAGUGCGUCCAAUGUCGCAAAUGUAUGCGAAUGGUGGGGUUAGUGGUCAGCCAUUACCGCUGCCACUGCCGUCACAGCAACAGCCGCAAACACAGCAGCAGCUUAUGGAUAGUGCGCUGAUGAGCGCGGCAGGCGAUCAGGCUGCAUUGUUGGCGCAAGCGCCAAUGCCGGUAUCCAAUGUGACUGAUCAGCAGUUGCAAGCCGCCCAAGCGGACGAUGAACCGCUGCCUGCUGGCUGGGUAAUACGCUUCGAUCAGUACGGCCGCCGCUAUUACGUCGACCACAAUACGCGUUCCACCUACUNUGCCGCCCAAGCGGACGAUGAACCGCUGCCUGCUGGCUGG